CCCUUCAGAAGUUAGGCUCAACAUUUAAUUUUCUCCCAAAAGGAUGAUCCCACUGUGGCAACCAAAUUAUGUUUGAUGAGUACUUAAAACAUUUAUCGUCUGCUUUCUACAAAUGUUUCAGUUCUGUAUAUGUAUGCAAAUUUCAUUUUGGCUAGGCAUUUCCACAACAUUGCGGCAGUAGCAGGAAGGGAGCCUUGUCAAUCCAGUGAGCAGAAACAGCACCUGUUAGUUCCAUCCUUUUGGAGAAUGUUCUUGUUGAGCAUGCCUGAAUGGAAGUAUGCAGCAAUUGGGUGCUUCAACGCAUUUAUUGUCGGAGGAAUACAGCCGUUUAGUGCAUUCACCAUGGGAAGCUUGACAUCUACCUACUUUCUAAGAGAUCAGAAUGAGAUCAAGAAAAAGACAACGAUCCACUCCCUCAUUUUCCUCUUUAUAUCGAUCUUCUCCUUCUUGACCAACAUUGGGCAGCACUACAGUUUUGGAGUGACAGGGGAAUACCUCACAAAGCAGGUGAGGCACCUGAUGCUGUCUAAGAUGCUGGCUUUUGAAGUUGGUUGGUUUGAUCAAGAGGAGAACUCCCCUGGAGCCAUCUACUCUCAAUUUGCUAAUGAUACUUACAUGGUGAAAUCUUUGGUAGGUGAUAGAAUGUCUCUCCUCAUCCAGACAUUCUCAGCUAUUAUGAUUGCUUUCACAAUGGGCUUGAUCAUUGCAUGGCGUCUAGCCCUUGUGAUGAUUACUACACAACCCAUCGUCAUCCUCUGCUUCUACUACCGCAAAGCACUCUUGAAGAGCAUGUCCAAAGAUGCAGUCAAGGGCCAAUCAGAAAGCAGCAAGGUAGCUGCUGAGGCCAUUUCAAACCUCCGCACUGUUACUGCAUUUUCCUCUCAGGAUCGCAUCCUUCGCCUCUUUGACCUUGCUCAGCAAGGCUUCUACCAUCAGAGCAUGUGCCAAUCAUGGUUGGCAGGCAUAGUACUUGGCUUAUCCCAGUGUCUGAUGCGUUGUACCUUCGCCCUGGCUUUAUGGUAUGGCAGCAGGCUCACAGUGCAUGGCUACAUCACCCCUAAGUCUUUAUUCCAGACCUACUUAAUCCUCGUCACUACUGGACGAGUUAUUGCAGAUGCUGGAAGCAUGACAACUGACCUUGCAAAGGGUACUGAUGCAAUUAGCUCCAUAUUCUCAAUGCUUGAUCGAGUUUCCCAGAUUGAACCCGAAGAUUCUAAUGGCUCUCGCCCUGAAAAAGUGAGUGGGAAGCUGGAGUUUCUUAAUGUUGACUUUGAAUACCCAGCACGACCAAAUGUUAUUGUCUUGAAGGGAUUCUCCCUCCUCAUUGAGGCUGGCAAGUCAACAGCACUUGUGGGCAAAAGUGGGUCCGGUAAGUCCACAAUUAUUGGGCUUAUUGAGCGGUUCUACGACCCAUAUCAAGGAGAAAUUAAGAUUGAUGGUAGGGAUAUAAAGUCUUACCACCUUCGCUCACUGAGGCGGCACAUUGCAUUGGUGGAACAAGAACCAAUGCUCUUCUCAGGAAGCAUCAAAGAAAACGUUGCAUACGGGAUUGAGGGUGUGAUGGAGACAGAGGUAGAAGAAGCUGCACGAGCUGCUAAUGCCCAUGACUUCAUUUGCAGACUUAAGGAUGGCUAUGACACAUUGUGCGGGGAUCGAGGGGUACAGUUAUCAGGAGGGCAAAAGCAACGGAUAGCUAUCGCAAGGGCGAUACUGAAGAGACCAACCAUAUUGCUACUAGAUGAAGCAACAAGUGCGCUAGAUAGUGAGUCGGAAAAAAAGGUGAAGGAGGCGCUAGAGAGAGUGAUGGACAGAAGAACCAGCAUAAUUGUUGCACACCGGCUUAGUACCAUACAGAACUGUGAUCUUAUUGCAGUGUUAGACAAAGGGGUCAUGGUAGAGGAAGGAAACCACAGAUCCCUCCUAGACAAGGGACCCAGUGGAUUUUACUACAGGCUCCUCAAGCUCCAGCAAAACACAAAAGAAUGUAUUUAGGGAAUUUCAUAUCAAAGCAAAAAAGUUCUUACCAUUUAAUUUUGAGAAUUCUGAUUCUUUUUUAUUUGUUAGUAAAACAACUAUUAAUUUCUAGCUCAGGUUUGUUAAUUUUACGAACUCAACUUCCAUUUAUUGAAUGAUCAUAAUAGUUCUUUCUACUUACAUUGGAUCCAUAUGGUGCAAAAUUUUAAUAAAGAAAAAUCAUAUUUAUGAACAUAAUUUAAACAACCUUUCAAAUUUAAUUUUAAAAAAUCAGCCUCUAGCAUUUCCAAACCCCAACAAACAGACGCAUGGUAUUACUCGCCCUGGAAAUUUUCUGAUUGCAAAGAAAAUAUCCCAUUGUGAGAUAUCUUACCCUGAGAGCCAAUUAAUUAUUUUUAGACUUGGUCAUCACGAAAAUUUCCUAGUCGCCGGUUGGAAAGUACCCAAUCCGAGAGCUCUCAACCCCGAGAAUGUUGUUAAUUUAAUCCUGCAGGUUGAUUUAUAUUCCAUCAUCACAAGCAUGACCUUAGUGGAGAUUUUAGUGGAGAUUUACUCUAGAGUAUCUGGACUUCUGCAAAUUGCAUAUGAACAUCCUAAAGUUCCCUAGUGUACAAGAAUGGUCAUCAAGCAUUCUCAUCUGCAACUUCAAACUGAACAUCUUACUUGGUAGACAACUUCAAAUGUCACUACAUGCAUUUCUCAUGAGUCGUGGACAUUAAAUAAUAACUAUACUUAGAGAUGCAUCAUUUAUCAUUUCAGUCUAAUCCGAGAAAUAAGGCUCCAUGAAAUUUCACAAGUUACGCUACCAACUUUGUUCCUUUGCUCACUACUAAUACCACAGUCCAAGACUUCUCCCAGUAGAAUAACUAUGGAGCAGGAUUAAUAAUUAGCAUAGCAUAAGGCAUCAACCCGAUUCUAGUCUUUAUAGGUUGAUGCCUGAUACCAAAGAAAAUUAAGAAACUAACACCUGAAGUGGAACAAUCUUUCUAUCAAUCCAAUGAGAAGCAUUAAAUGAGGAGCCAGCCUACAGGAUACACUUCAAUAAAUUCAAUUAUCCUGGAUCCGUAGUUCGCCAAUUUUCUUAUUAUAUCAAGUUAAAGUGG